AUGGGCGGCCCUGGGGGUGGGGCUUAUGUUGCGCCCUCGACUGGAGAGGUUGAGAGCCGCGUGCAGGCCACUGCGGCUGGCACCCCCAAGCUGAAUGCGGCGAUUACAGCGGCGGCCCCUGCAGUUGUCGGCAAGGCCGCGCAGCCUGCCGCGACAGCAGCUGCCCAAGUUGUCGCAGCCGCGGCAGCCGAGGCCGCCUCCGUGGGCACAAGCGAGCCCGUCAAGGAGGUGGCAACAGCGGCAGCCACAACCAAGCUUGGCGUAGAGCCUGUGCCAGCCACCAAGCCUGCAGAGCCCGCCGUGCCUGCUCAUUCGGCGCCCACGGCGGCCGCCUCACAAGCAGCGGCCGCGGCCGUCGAGCAGCAGGUGUCACCUGCCUCCAAGGCCAGCCCCUCGGCGGGCGUGACACCUUCUGCCUCGAUCGUGCCGGCUGCGCCGGCCACGGCGGUGGCACCGGCGCCAGCGGCGCAGACCAAGGCAGCGCUAAAGACCGAGGAGAAGCCCGAGCAGAAAAAGACCGCCACCCAGGCCGCCCCUGUGGCGGCGCCCAGCACGCCACCAUCGGCAGCAUCGCCUUCCCCCUCGCCCUUGCCCUCGGCCCCUGUGGCAGCCGCCCCCAAGGCAGCCAAGCCCAAGGCAGCGGCGCCGGCGACGCCCUCGCAGGCCGGCCCACAGGCACCGCCCAAGUCUGCGGCACCCGUGGCUGCGGCUGUGCCAGCGGAGGCACAGGGCCCUGGCGGCGCAGGGGGUAACACCCCACAGGCUUCGGCAGCAGGCGGCGCUGGAGGCGCCAACGGCACCAGUGGCAGCGGCGGCGCAGGCGGUGGCAAGAAGCGCAGCAACAAGAAAAAAGGAGGCCGCGGAAAGAAGUGA